AUGCAGCGGGCUGCUGAGGAGGAUACUCUUUGCAGUUUUUCUGGGCAAUACCAGCCUGAGCAGUGGUGGAGGCAUGCACCAGGUGGACAUGCCAGGAGUCCUGGUGCUCCGCAGCCCGCUGACCCCAGCCUAGGCGUGGGCACAGCACUGUGUGUCUGGUCCCAGCCCCCUCGUGGCCUUGAGGACCCUGGGACCUCUGUUUUGCCUGACCUGAAGGAGAAGAAAGAGAAGGCGGAGGAGAAAGCCAGCCGAAAAGAGCGAAAGAAAGAAGUGGUGGAGAAGGAGGAGAACGGAGCUGAGGAGGAAGAAGAAACUGCUGAGUAUGGAAAGGAGGAGGAUGAAGGGGAAGAAGAUGAGGAAGAAGAAGAAGAUGACGAUGAAGGGCCCACGCUGAAGAGAGUUGCUGAAGAGGAGAAUGAAGAGGAUCCCAAGCAGCAGAAGACAGAAAAUGGGGCGUCGGCAUGAGCCCCCUGCCAAUGGGCUGGGGGUGGGAGGCCCCUCAGGGCCUGGAGGUGGGGGUGGGAACAGACGAGUGCAGCCACUGUCCACCUGGCUCCUGGCUCUGGACCCUGCACCAGAGCUGCCACCCUUUUUGUCCCCAGCCUUGCUCAUGUCCGCCUCUCCAGACACUGCCCCUUCUAUCCUCACUCUGCCAUUGUUUCACCUCUUGAACUGCUCCAUCUGAGCUCCCCAGCUGGUCCCAAUUGCUCUUCUUCCUGUCCUUGCUCUCUUCCUCCCUUCCCUCACUCCUCCUGUAGCCUCUCCUUCCUCACCUCUGCAUCCCAGCCUCAUGUCCUGUCCAUCCCUACCCUGCCUGAUCCCUGGGUC